AUGGAUCCAAUCAAGGAUCCUAAUAUCUACCAACGCCCUCCGAUCGGUGCCGCUUCCAGACAGUAUGCCAUUCCUGCCGGUUCCGGUACCCCGCAGCACGGGCGCCAACGUUCGACGGGGUUGAGUUACGCUGAACAUGAGAUUUUGAGACAACGGAAGAUACCCAAUGGUGGAAGACUGUACGAGCCAGACACAGCUGCGCUGGACAAAAAUGUUCAGAUCCCAGCCACCAAGCAUCUGCUCUUGUCGUCCUCACCAGCCUUUAGACAAACCAUCCCGUCGCUGAGCAGCUCCUCGACAUGGCCAGAGGCGAAACAGACGCAGCGGAGAGGAACCUUUGGUGGGACAGAGUUCGGCACGGGCAGCAGGCAUGACGUGCAUGUUCAGCCCUAUGGAACAACCAAGGGAAAGCCAUACCGCCCAGCGUGGGACUUCCCUGGCGGACUUGACUCGAUGCUGAACCAGAACCUCCCUUUACAUCCGACGCAGAGGUAUUAUAUGCAGCAAGGUUCGAACAUCCCGACAGUCCUUCCCGCCACUCUUCAUUCUCAGUUUGGCCCCACGGCGUCUGCUGGGCAGGAAUUAUACGGGCCAUACUGGCCGGAUGGCACAUACAAUCCCUAUCGCCCUGCUGCCAUCAGAGAUAGCCGUUUCUUUCCUCGCGCUCCAGCGGAGACGUUUCCUUUGGACCACCAUUUUGAACAUCUACCUCCGCUUCGACGGUCCGGUCGGCUUCCCGAUGUCCAGAAUAAUGCGUAUUUAUCGAAUCUACCUCAACCGACGCUGGACAGCCACUUUGGACCAGUAGAGCCGGCGGCGUCAACAUGGAACUUGGCCCAGAACAGUUACCAUGGUCCCCAGCACGCUUUUUCGCUCGCUUACUCCCCAUCGGCCCAAGCAACAACAGGUCCGAUGAUGGCUGUGAUACGCCCGGCACUAGUUUCACUGACACCCGGCCCCCGCUCAGAACGGAUUGCAUUUAGGGACAAGACAUUCACGUGGGCCAACAAAAUCUACACAGACCUACUACAGACAAUCCGAUGUACCUCACAGGAUCAGCGCGGUGCUGCACACGGUGUCGCAGGAGCGAAGUCAGUCGUGAAGCCCGUCAUUUUCCCAAAGCCACCAAAGAGGUCUGGAUCGCACUUUCAACACGAUGUAUCAGGGUCGAAGCCGGCUCGACCUCAAGGGUUGUCUAGCUCUUAUUUCGGCGCAGACGGUGAUUUGUCGAAUUAUGACGUUCCGUCAAGACCUCAGACAGCCAUAUUCAGACCGCAGCAGGCCAACGGUAUAGCGGAUUUCGCAUCCUUCCAACGAAACCCACAGUCCCCAAUCGCAUCCGGUCAGCAAUAUGGAAUUCUAGAUCGAGUUCCGGAGAUGCAGCAUUUGAGUACACGACCGGCCACUUAUCCACAGCUACCAUCCUACGAGUCGGCUACAACGGCACUACAGACAAUGGAGCUGCUGUGCCAAGAGGCUGAGACACCGUGGUUGGAUGGUAUGCUCCUUGCAGGCUGCCUGGCCUACGGACUAGGAAACUAUGUUGGAGCAGAAGAAUGGUACCGCGCUGUCUUGAGGCAUGAUCCUGGCCAUAUUGAGGCGAUGUCCAACCUGGCUGCGACCUGUCACGCUCUUCAUCGCCGCGAGGACGCUCUCAAGUAUUGGUCAGAAGCAGUAAGCUUGCGACCCAGCUACUUUGAGGCCGUGGAGCACCUGAUCGGAUUGCUGUGCGCCAGUCACAGAGCGAGGGAAGCUGUCAGUGUGAUCGAAUAUGUGGAGAAUACGCUCCGCUUCCGAGCUGAUGAUCUUCACAGUACUGGGGCGGAACUGAGUGACGCCGAAAGCGACACGAAAAGCUAUGCUUCCAGCAUCAAUACAGUUGCCUCUUACGACAACGCACAAUACGACUACGACGCCGACCAAAGUAACCCAAGCAUCCAUUCUACCACUGAAUGCCACCCUCCGGGUUAUGGCACAAGUGGCUACGCUAUCCCCGGGGUCGACAAUGGGCGGAUGCUGGCUCUUGUUCAUGCCAAAGGGAACAUGCUUUAUGCCCUGGGUCAAAAUCACGCGGCUGCUACCGCGUUUGAAGAUGCUGUUUUAAUUUCCACGGGCCGGAGAAAACAUGGAAUCAGAGGACUAAUCAACGACAUUCUGGCUGCUUGUCUUUGCAACAUCCGGGAUCGGGAAUAUGUCCGGGCCAAGCUGGAGAGCAAGGAACCUGUUCUCCUUACCCCGGAUCAGGCAGAAGCCACUGCCAGGCAUAUGUUCCCGCCAGAGGGCAACUUACCAGGACUCGAAUACGUGACGCCUCCUUUUGCCGUACAAGCUGCAAUCUCGACGACGAGCAACUCACUGCUCUCACUUGCCAAAAUAUAUCAGGAUGGCAUGUCCAACGCAAUGGAAAUUGGGAGCCUGAAAUCGCCCACGACCAGAGAGAUUUUAGCCCUGUAUUACCUGUCACUUUCGCUCCAGAGGAGCCCAUCGACAGCGAACAACGUCGGGAUCCUCCUCGCUGGCGUACAGCAGAGUGUGCAUCCAGACCAUCUUGUGGAUUCGCACUUCUCGCAGAUCUCGAAUAUACCGGGCGUCGUCGCUGGCACGGGUAUUUCGCUAGCAUUGAUGUACUACAAUUUCGGCCUCAACAUCGACCAGAAGCACGCCCAUCUCUUUACCAACUUGGGCAGUCUUCUCAAAGACAUCGGUCAGUUAGGUGCUGCGAUCAAGAUGUACGAAAGGGCUGUGAGCUGCGACGGUAACUUCGACAUCGCGUUGGCGAACCUGGCGAAUGCCGUCAAGGAUCAAGGCCGGGUGGCUGACGCGAUUGCGUACUACAAGCGAGCAGUUACAGCAAACCCGGAUUUUGCCGAAGCAGUAUGUGGAUUGGCAACCGCGCUGAAUUCGGUGUGCAGCUGGGACGGUCGUGGAGGGGUGUGUGCUAGCGACUUUAUGCGCGACCGGUUACACGUGGACGAGCGAGGUAUGAAGCAAGAGCCGACACGACCCUAUGGAUGGAUCAACCGAGUGGUGGAAAUCGUCGAAAAGCAGCUCAAGGACGGGGAAACUUGGGGUUGCGGCACCUUGACCCCUUCUGUGAUCGACUCAUUGGCACAUCAAGUGACCUUACACAGACAGUUUUCUGGUGAUGGCAGACGAUCUCAAGCCCUAGAAACCGUGCGACAAGCGCUGCGAUACUGGUCCGGACAAAGAUGGGAAGGGUCCCGAAUUGUGCGGCUAGUCGAACGGGCCAUUCGUCAAAUUGGCUGGCAAUGGUACCAGGAUCGCUACAAGCAUCGAAGGGAGUAUCCUGCGCGGAAAUAUGCACGACCAUACCUCCCCAAUGCCCUGUCACCACCAUCCGCUCCGACAGUCCUACCAUUUCACACCUUCACGGCUCCUCUUUCGGCGAAGCAGAUUCGACAAAUCUCGCAGCGUAAUGCUCUGCGGAUCUCUCUUUGUACACUUCGGUCUGCGUGGCUUCCGGCAACCGUAUUUCCCCCGCCGUCGCCUCCGAGCCCGUGCCUAAACGUCGGCUAUGUUAGCUCGGAUUUCAACAACCAUCCUCUCGCACAUCUCAUGCAGUCAGUCUUCGGCCUGCACGACGCCUCUCGGGUACGAGCUAUAUGUUACGCAACCACGGCGUCUGAUGGCUCCAUCCACAGACACCAGAUACAACAGGAAGCCCCACUGUUUCGUGAUGCGUCGUCAUGGAGCGUGGAACGUCUGGUCAAUCAAAUCGUCAAAGAUAACGUUCACAUCUUGGUAAACCUCAACGGGUAUACUCGAGGUGCGCGCAACGAGGUGUUCGCAGCUCGCCCUGCACCGAUCCAUAUGUCGUUCAUGGGAUUCGCUGGCACUCUGGGAGCGGAAUGGUGCGAUUAUGUCUUCGCCGACACGAUAUCUGUGCCACCCGAUACACUGUCGCCGUGGCGGCGGAAUGUGGACAUUGAAGAUCGACUACGGCCAGAGUCGUGUGUUGAGGACGCCGAGGAUUGGGUCUACUCCGAGAAUGUCAUCUUUGCGCGCGACACAUUCUUUUGUGUGGAUCACAAGCAAAGUGCGCCUGACGUGAAGAAGGGUCCGCCAAAUCUCAACGAUCCUCUCAGCCGCGAAGCAUCCUGGGAACAAGAACAGACGCAACGCUGGAAAUUGAGGAAAGAGUUGUUUCCAUCCUUGUCCAACACAGCCGUGGUUCUGGGCAACUUCAACCAACUGUACAAAAUCGACCCGGCCACCUUUGACAUGUACCUCCAAAUCCUGAAGGCCGUGCCCAACGCGAUAUUGUGGUUACUGCGAUUCCCAGACCUUGGAGAACAGAAUCUUAAACGUUACGCCGUGAAAUGGGCUGGCAAGGAAGUCGCCGAUCGGAUCAUAUUUACCGACGUGGCCGCGAAGGGAGCCCAUAUCACACGGGCGUCGGUAGUCGACCUCUUCCUCGACACGCCGGAAUGCAAUGCGCACACGACUGCCGCAGACACGGUGUGGUCUGGCACGCCUAUCAUUACGUGGGGCAAGUGGAGGUACAAGAUGUGCAGUCGUAUGGCUGGCAGCAUCGUGGCAAGCGCGCUGCCUGAAGGCCGCGAGGGCGACGAAGCAAGGAGGGAUCUGCUCGUCAGAAGCGAACGACAAUAUGUCAAUGUUGCAAUUGAGUUGGCUCAGGGUCUGCGAUAUCCGUCGAGCGAAUUGAACGGACAGAAACUCGGUCGCGGUAAAGGAAGACUAAUGGAUUUGAGGCGCAUGCUCUGGGAAGGUAGAUGGACAAGUCGGCUGUUUGAUACGAAGCGCUGGGUGAGGGACUUGGAGACGGCGUACUGGUCUGCCUGGAGUAAUUGGGAGAAAGGUGAAGGUGGCGACAUCUGGUUAUGA